GCGGGCGGCCGCGGAGCCAUGGACGGCAGCGGGCCCUUCAGCUGCCCCAUCUGCCUGGAGCCGCUGCGGGAGCCGGUGACGCUGCCCUGCGGCCACAACUUCUGCCUGGGCUGCCUGGGCGCGCUCCGGCCGCACCGCGGCGCGGGGGGCGCGGGGGGCCCCGGGGGCGCGGCCCGCUGCCCGCUGUGCCAGGAGCCCUUCCCCGACGGCCUGCAGCUCCGCAAGAACCACACGCUGUGCGAGCUGCUGCAGCUCCGCCAGGGCCUCGGGGCGCCGGGAGCCAUGUCUGCGCCGGCGGCCGGGAGCCCCCCGCCCGAGCCCCCCGCGGCCCCCAGCGCGCCGCCGCCGCCGCCGCCGCCCGCGGCGCCCGAGCCGUCGGCCCCGUGCGCGCCCGAGCCCUGGGCGGGCCUGGAAGACGCGGUGCGCUGCGACGCGUGCCCCGAGGGCGCGGCCCAGCCCGCCGCGCGCUCCUGCCUGUCCUGCCUCGCCUCCUUCUGCGCGGCGCACCUGGCCCCGCACGAGCGCAGCCCCGCGCUGCGCGGCCACCGCCUGGUGCCCCCGCUCCGCCGGCUGGAGGAGAGCCUGUGCCCGCGCCACCUGCGGCCGCUCGAGCGCUACUGCCGCGCCGAGCGCCUGUGCCUGUGCCCGGCCUGCGCCGCCCAGGACCACCGCGGACACGAGCUCGUGCCGCUGGAGCAGGAGCGCGCGCUCCAGGAGGCCGAGCAGCCCAAAGUCCUGAGUGCUGCGGAUGACCGCAUGGAUGAACUGGGCGCCAGCAUUGCACAGUCCCGCCGCACGGUCGCCCUCAUCAAGAGCGCGGCCGUGGCCGAGCGGGAGAGGGCGAGCCAGCUGUUUGCCGAGGCCGCGGCCGCCCUGCAGGGCUUCCAGACGCAGCUGCUGGGCUUCAUCAGGGACGGGGAGUCGGCCAUGCUGAGCCGCUGCCAGGGGGACCUGCGGCGGCAGGAGGAGCAGCGCGACCGAUUAAGCCGGGCCCGCCACAACCUCAGUCAGGUCCCCGAGGCCGACUCCGUCAGCUUCCUGCAGGAGUUCCUGGCCCUCCGGCUGGCUCUGGAAGAGGGGUGCAGCCCGGGACCCGGCCCCCCGAGGGAGCUCAGUUUCACCAAGUCCUCGCAGGCCGCGCGCGCGGUGAGGGACGUCCUGGUCUCGGCCUGCGCCGGCCAGUGGGAGCAGCUGCAGGGGCCGGGCGGUGGCGAGGACGGGCCGCAGAAGCUGGGCUCGGAAGCGGAUGUGGAGUCCCAGGACGCGGACAGCACCCACCUGCUGGACAGCGAGGCGCCCAGGGACUACUUCCUCAAGUUCGCCUACAUCGUGGACCUGGACAGCGACACGGCCGACAAGUUCCUGCAGCUGUUCGGAACCAAAGGUGUCAAGCGGGUGCUGUGUCCCAUCAACUACCCCGAGUCCGCCACCCGCUUCACCCACUGCGAGCAGGUGCUGGGCGAGGGCGCCCUGGACCGAGGCACCUACUACUGGGAGGUGGAGAUCAUCGAAGGCUGGGUCAGCGUGGGGGUCAUGGCCGAAGGCUUCUCCCCGCAGGAGCCCUACGACCGGGGCCGCCUGGGCCGCAACGGGCACUCGUGCUGCCUGCAGUGGAACGGGCGCGGCUUCUCGGUCUGGUUCCACGGGCUGGAGGCCGCGCUGCCCCACGCCUUCUCGCCCACCGUCGGGGUGUGCCUGGAGUACGCCGACCGCGCCCUGGCCUUCUACGCCGUGCGGGACGGCAAGAUGAGCCUCCUCCGGAGGCUGAGGGCCUCGCGGCCCCGCCGCAGCGGCGCCCUGGCCUCCCCCGCCGCCGACCCCUUCCAGAGCCGCCUGGACGGCCACUUCGGGGAGCUCUUCACCCACCGGCUGAAGCCCGCCUUCUUCCUGGAGAGCGUGGACGCCCACCUGCAGAUCGGGCCCCUCAAAAAGUCCUGCAUCUCCGUGCUGAAGAGGAGGUGAUGGGGGGCCGCCCUGCCCCCCGCCCCGCCCGCCUUCGUCCCGCGCCGUCCGUCCUCGGCCU